AGUCAACUGUUUAUGUCAGCGUCCGGUAACAAUGUUGUCAGCGCUCAACAGACGAUCGACAAGAUCAAUCGACACUCGACUCGUGCCAACGUGCUUGUGCAUUUACUCUGCAACAAUUGUGUCGGAUUCAGUUGCGCGACGGCAAUCGCUCCGACUGGUUGUGAGUUAGUAACUCCGUAGCACUUACAAUAAUUUAUCCAUACGAAACGAAUACGAAUAACAAAUAAUAUUUGUGUCAAUAAAAUUUGUUCGCGUUCGUAGAUUGCGAAUUGAGUAUGCUACGGCGGGGGACAUGAGCGAUCGCAGCUUCAGUUCAACGGCAUUCACAAAAGCACGCGAGCCAAAGCUGUCAACGUCGAUGUUUACGCGGCGCUGGAAGUGUUUUCGAUUCUGUGUUGUUUAGUAAUCUAAGCUAAUAAGCUAGCUUGUUGACAUUUUUACAGAUUUCAAUAGAUUGAAAAGAUCGAGUGGGGGUGUGUUUUAUUUACUACGCCUCUUUUUGUCGUUUCAUAAUCCAUGAAGUGAAAGUGUUGUUUUUUAUUUUCCAUUGGACCUAUUGGCUGAGCUCAGCUGUGGAGCAGCAUAUUUAUUGACAGACUCAGAUGCACAACAGAUCCGCGAUUCGAGACACACUGCGCUUCUCUCGUCUAGUGGCAGUUGUUGUUCUAGUGAUAUUUAUUUUAAAUGCAGUGCCAUCAGCUAGCAGCGCACCGCUAGCUAGCUCAUUACGUGAUGUCUGCGGCCAUACGCUACGCAGGCCAAGUGGUUUCUUUGAUUCCACUUUCCUGAAGCGUUUCUUCAAACAUUUGAUACCAUUCACCAGCUCCAUGCGCGUCAAAAUGCAAUUCUAUUUAUAUAAAAGAGAUUUUGCAGAAUGCGGACGAGAGAUAAUAACAGACGACGGCAGCAGCUUGGAAAUGUCUGAUUUUAAUCCAGAGCAUCCAACCAGAAUAAUCAUACAUGGUUGGAUGAGUCAGAGCAAAGGUGCCUUGAAUCGCUCCGUCAAAAAUGCUUAUCUUAGCCUAGUCAAACGCAUGCCUCAAUCAGCCGUUUCCACCGAAGAUGCCAGCAUCGUCACCAGUUCACCAAUCAACAGUGUGUUCGCAAUUGACGAUGGUAAUCGUAGUGAUCUCAGUGGCACAGUGAUGCCAAGCGACUAUAAUAUAAUCGUUUGUGAUUGGAGUGUUAUUUCGUCGAAUGUGAAUUAUUAUAGUGUUGUCGAAAUGGUGGAGGAUUUAGGACGGUUACUUGCCGAUUUUGUUGGUUUUCUGCAUCUGCGCACCGGCCUCAAUUAUAAUGACGUGUAUUUGAUUGGUCACUCGUUGGGCGCACAAAUCGCCGGUAGCGCUGGCAAGCAAGCACAUCCCUACCGCUUUAAUACGAUCUAUGCGCUCGAUCCGGCUGGUCCGAAAUUUCGUGACGUCAGCGAUGAAUUUCGUGUCGAUCCCAGCGAUGCUGAGUAUGUCGAAUCUAUACAGACUAGCAGCAGUUUGGGUUUUGAAGAACCAGUCGGUCAUGCCACCUUCUAUCCCAAUUAUGGACGUGACCAGAAGAAGUGCUAUUUUUAUGGUUGCUCUCAUCGACGUGCUUACCACUACUUUGCCGAAUCGAUUACCAGCCAAUUGGGAUUUUGGGGCACACUCUGUCGCCGUCAAUCGGAUGAUGUUUGGAUAUUCUCGGAGACUGGUGUGGAAUUUCGUAUGGGUGGCGAGCCCUCUACGCCAAAGAGGGGCACAUUUUACGUAAAAACAGCAGAUAAGCCGCCAUAUGCACUGGGUCCAAAUAUACAACCGCAACGUUUAGUCACAGCUGCCAUAGAUAGUGAAACAAAUGGACGAUUCGAAGAGGAAAAUAAUUCUAUCAGCGAGUAUAAAUUUGUAUAGUUUUUAAGUGCAGAGUUUGAAUUCAAAAACUCAGUGUUGUUAAAAAGUGUAACGAAUUUAAGCAAAUAUUUAUUUUAGAACGAUUUUAUAUUAUUCUUGAGAAAAUGCAUAAAAAUGUACAUAAAGAAUUUCCAAUUUUUAUUAACCCAUUACCAGAAAAUGUAAAUAUUUUGUAACUGUUUUGCUAACAUGAUGUGAUGUGAUAUAAUAAAAUGUCGUAUUGAUAUAAUAAGAAGUGA